UAGACCAAGAAACACUGCUACAGAGCAGGGAGGAAGGAGAAGGGGAGGCCACAGCCAAACUUAACCUAAUUUGACCUUGUCAGCUUUAAUCAUGGCUUCUCAUCAGCUGUGGGGAGGUGGGGUGGCGGUGUGGGGGGAGAAGGUACUAGAAGGGCAUAUGGACAUAUCCAUUCUCUGUAAUUGGAGAGAGUGAAGACGAAGAGAGAAAAAUAGCAACAGUGAUUUAAGGCAGAGACUGAAAGAGAAAUCCUGGAGAGAGCGCUGCUUCAGUGCUGCCGUGUACUGCACUCACGGCCUCUGCACCCCUGUGUGUCUGUGUGAGUAAGCGUGUGAGAGAGAGAGAGCAAAAAAGAGGGGGGAGAGGGGGGCGUGUAGAUGUGUGUGUGUGUGUGUGUGCUUGCUACACAGCCAUGGUAGUGUGAGCUGAAUGAUGCUCUCUGGCUGUCUCUCUCCGCGCUGCCUGGCUGUGCCGCUUUCUGCCGCCGCGCGCUGAUGAACCAUUUUAAGCUGCAGUGGACACACACAGCCCCGAACAACCGCUUCCCUGCAACGGCCAUCGUCCUGGUUCUACUGCCAGCUGAUGGUCUGACACAGUAGGACACUGCUGCCUCUGCACCGCUCCUACAACAGGGGAAUACAGAGACAGGACUGCUGCUUGUGAGCUCAGAAAUGAAGUUGUGCCCCUCCACUUCCCAGAUGUACCACCCCAGUGUCAGUGUGUGGACAGACUACAUCUUCUAGAGGACAACAACCGAGCCCUGAAUCUCAAGCCUGGGACCUUCAGCCAACACAGGCUACAGCACAAACUCCUGGAGAAUGAGCUUCAAGAUGUUCUCAAGGAGAAAAAGCACUUGAGUCACCACUUGUACAACAAUAGCAAGAAGGCAGUCCAAAAUGAGCAGGUGAAGUCAGAGUAUGAGCAGCUCAAAGAGACCCUCGGUGCUGUGACUCAGGAGAGAGAUUCAGCCCUGCGGGAGAAGACCCAGCUCCAAGGCAAACUGGAGAACCUAGAGCAGGUGCUAAAGCAUAUGCGUGAGGCUGCAGAGCGGAGGCAGCAGCUAGAGUUGGAGCAUGAACAAGCCUUGGCUGUACUCAAUGCAAAGCAGCAGGAGAUUGACCUUCUGCAGCAGGCUCAGGUUGAGGCUAAGAAGGAGCAUGAGGGAGCCGUCCAUCUGUUAGAGAACCACUUGGACAGCAUGCAGUUGAGGAGCAUUCCCCGCGCUUUGAACACAGUGCAGUUUUUGGCCAAAGUCCGAGAGCUGGAGGAAAAAUGUCGGACACAAAGUGAGCAGUUCAACCUCCUGUCCAAAGAGCUGGAGAAGUUCCGGCUACAGACUGGAAAGUUUGAUACCCUUGGCAGUGGCACCGAUCCCUUAACUGUGUGUGAAUCCCCUGGAUCGCCAAACAAAUCCCUCUCCCAGCUCUUCAACGGGCUGGCCGCCCCCACAGGGAAAGGCAAUGAGAGUCCGCUGAGCAGAUCUGUGAUUUCUGAGUUCAUCCGACCGCUCCAGAUCUGUGGGGACAAGCCGGAGCUCGUGUCUGUAAAGCCAACAUUCCUCACCCGCAGCAGCAGCCGGGCUGGCAGCUCUCAACGUGCCCUCCUCACUGAGAUGGACAAAGAACUAAGCUCAAUGACUAGGACCAAGAAGAGGUUCACAGGCAAGGUCCGUCUGUGCAUCGCCCGGUACAGUUAUAACCCCUGUAAUGGGCCCAAUGAGCAUCCUGAGGCAGAGCUCCCCCUGGUGGCAGGGAAGUACCUCUACGUGUACGGGACCAUGGAUGAUGACGGCUUCUAUGAAGGAGAGCUGCUGGAUGGACAGCAGGGACUUGUCCCUUCCAACUUUGUGGACUUUGUUAAGGAUGAGAAGAUGCCCUCUGCUCAGCACAGGGACGGGGCCAAAGAGUCAGGCUACCUCAGUAGUAACCACAGCAGCCUGGGCUCCACAGGACUGGGCAGCAUGGGUCUGAGCAGCAUCAGCAGCCUGCUGUCUGACAGUAAACUGGACCUGGGCCCUAGCCUAGAUAGAAACCUGGAGAGAAACCUUGAGAGAAACCUGGGGAGCAACCUCAGUUCCACUCUGGGUUCCACUCACGGUUCCACUCUGGGCAGCCACAUGGGUUCCACUCUGGGUUCCACUCACGGUUCCAGUCACGGUUCCACUGGACUGGGUUCCAGUCUGAGCAGCACUCUGACCAGUCUGGGCAGCAGUAGUCUGGGCAUGGACUUCCUGGGCUCCAUGGGUUCCUGCAGCAACGGGACAGGGACCCUGGAUGUCAGCAUUGACGAGAUUGGUGAAAAUAUUGUGCCUUACCCUCGCCGUAUCAAUCUGAUCAAACAGCUGGCCAAGAGUGUGAUCGUGUGCUGGGACCCUCCGGUGGUGCCGCCCGGCUGGGGCUCCAUCAGUGGCUACAAUGUCCUGGUGGACAAGGAGGUGAGGAUGAGCGUGCCCUUUGGGGGCAAGACAAAGUCGCUUAUCGAGAAACUUAACCUGGCCACCAAUACCUAUCGCAUCUCGGUGCAGAGCAUCACAGAGCGGGGCCCGUCUGACGAGCUGCGCUGCACUCUACUGGUGGGGAAGGAUGUGGUGGUGGCACCUUACUAUCUGAGGGUAGACAACAUCACACAGGUCUCUGCUGAGCUCUCCUGGCAGCCUAGCAACAGCAACUACAGCCACACCAUCUUCCUGAACGAUGUUGAGUAUGACAUGGUGAAGGCAGGGGCCUACAAGUACCAGUUCUUCCAACUGAAGCCCAUGACCGUUUACAAGGUGAAGGCCGUGGCGCGGACACACCAGAUACCUUGGCAGAUGCCCCUGGAGCACAGGGACAAGAGGGAGAUCUCUGUGGAGUUCUGCACCCAGCCUGCAGGUCCUCCCUUUCCUCCCCAGGAGGUGCAGGUCCAGUUGGGCCAGAACCCCGGGGUUCUGCAGGUGCGAUGGAAACCCCCCAUCCUCACCCCCACUGGAACCUCCAACGGAGCCAACGUGAUUGGCUAUGCCGUGUGCACAAAGGGACAAAAGAUAGCGGAGGUGAUGUACCCAACAGCUGACUAUGUGACAGUGGAGCUGAAUAGGAUCCAGUGUCUGGAGGCCAGGGAGGUCAUUGUCAGGACGUUAUCAGCACAAGGAGAGUCUCAGGACUCCCCCGUGGCCACCAUACCGCACAAUAUCCUGAGGCCUCCCCAUCACUCACCCCACCACCGCUCCCCUGCACACCCCCAUCCUAUGCCUCAACCCCAGCACCAUCAGCCACACACACAAACACACCCGCCAUACCCCCAGACCUACCCCCCAUCCCACCCCCAACCUCAGGUCCACCCUUUGCCUCGAUCCCAGGCCCACACCCUGCCUCAUGGUCAGCCGCUGCACCACCCACCCCCUCACCCCCAGCCCCAACACCAGCCCUACCCCAGGUCUAAGCCCAAUUUAGUAAGUGCCAGAGAGUCAGAAACCAAAGAGUAUGAGGCGGGCUCGCGGCCUGGCCCGCCCUGGGAGCGCUCCCCUUCGCCCCUCCCUCCUACCAUGCGUGGACACACUUUGGAGCCGCCCCACUUCCAGGGGCGUCGUUCACCCUCUCCUCAGAGGAUCCUGCCCCAGCCUCAGGGAGCCCCCAUCCCCAACACCAUCGCCAAGGCCAUGGCCAGGGAAGCUGCACAGAGAGUGUUCGCUGAGAACAACCGGAUGGAGAAGAGGAACAUCUUCAGUGAGCGGAGCGUGAACUCUGAUGAGGAGGAGGAUGGUUAUGUCUCUCCCCACACCAGGAGGAGAGGGGCCUCUGUGGAUGAAUUCCUCAGAGGCUCUGAACUGGGGAGACAUGUACGGCACCACUACAGCCACAGUGAGGAGUACCAGACGGAGAGCAGCCGCGGGUCAGACCUGUCUGACAUCAUGGAGGAGGACGAGGAGGACCUGUACUCUGAGAUGCAGCUGGAGGAGGGCCGUCGGCGCAGCAUCAACUCUCACAACACUCUCAAGAUUAUAGGGAACUCCCCUUCCCAUGGAUGCUCCCAUGGCGACCGGCUGGACCAUUCAGGGAGGAGGCCUGUCCAUGGCGGCAACCCCCCACAGCGACGACCCAUGAUGGUUCCUUCCAUUGAGAUCACCAUGAUGGAGAGUAACAGUGAGGGGAGUGAGGGAAACCUCUCACCUGGCAAGGAGGAUGUUUACUAUCAUGGCAGUGUAGCUCGGCGGAGGAUAUGGCAUGACGAUGAUGAGUAUGGUGGGCAAGGCCGCGGGCAAGGCCGCGGGCAUGGCCGAGGGCGGCGGUCGCCAGUGUACUACGAGGAGUCGGAGCCAGAGGACCUGGCGCGUAUAUUUGUGGCCCUGUUUGACUACGACCCCCUGUCAAUGUCCCCCAACCCUGAUGCUGCUGACGAGGAGCUGCCCUUCAAAGAGGGCCAGAUCAUCAAGGUGUUUGGGGAUAAGGACACGGAUGGGUUCUACAGGGCAGAGAUCCGUGACCGCCCGGGUCUGAUCCCCUGUAACAUGGUGUCAGAGAUCCAGACUGAGGAUGAUGGGAUGAUGGACCAGCUACUCAAACAGGGCUUCCUCCCACUCAACACUCCUGUAGAGAAAUUAGUGAACUGCAACCGCUUCAAAGAUGGCCGCUCAAUAAACCGCAGGUCCCGAAAAUCCAAGCGAGAGAGGAACAGGCGGAGUGGGCGUCAGCACCCCUCGUCCACACGUAGAAUGGUGGCCCUGUAUGACUACGACCCCAGGGAGAGCUCCCCCAACGUGGAUGUGGAGGCUGAACUGACAUUCUGUGCUGGUGACGUCAUAACAGUAUUUGGUGAAAUUGAUGAAGAUGGGUUUCAUUAUGGCGAGCUCAAUGGACACAAAGGUCUUGUUCCCUCCAACUUUCUAGAAGAAGUGCCUGAUGAUGUUGAGGUUUUUCUCACUGACACUCAGUCUCGAGAUUCUCGAUACCCGCAGGACGCUGCAGCGCGGAUAAAGACCAAAAGGAAGAAGAGUGUUCAUUUCACACCUUAAAGGCUGUUUCCAUCACGUAAGUGAGCAACUGAGGAUACCAAGGUUACGCAGCCCUCGUCUAAUGCAGAUGACAUGGGUUCCCCUUAGUUUCCGGUACGCAACACACACUCCGUUUAUAUGACUAUAAUUUUGCCAGCUUAAAUUUCAGUUAAUUCCUUUUCAAUGGAUGUAAAUAUUUAUAGAAUACUGUGGUACACACCAGGGUGAUCCCAGUGUACAUGCUUUUAUUUGACGUGAGUUUAUUGUAAAAGCAUUCAGGUUGUUGUGUUAACUUAAGGACGACCACCCUAGCCAAUGCAUUAGACAAGAAGCAUGGUAUCUUCAGUUGUUUCUCUGGGUGUUGUACAUUACAAUGUCCUUCUCUCAAGAUAAGUCUCCUGCUGUAACUCAUGGUAAGCUAAAAGGCCAUUGUUGCACGCCUAGGUUGCCUCCCUGUAGUACUAGUGGUAACAUUCAAACAGACUCUAUAGCUAACAUUCUGAUAGAACCUCCCCUCUCCUUGAAGUAGUGCACCCUGCCACGCUUAAUCUAAUCAAACUCCGCUAGAAACAAGUCAGUGGUAAUGAACUGUCUGCCAGACAGGCAACUCCUUGUUGAGGUUUCCAAUCAAUCAGAUAAACAUUUAAUUGGCAUUACUUUACCCAUAGAUACCCAAGAUAGUGGUCCGCUCCACAUGCCUUUGUUAAGUUGUUAGUGGGGUGCACUUUUUCUCUCACAUAAGGAAUUAUGCAAAAUGGCAAAAAUAGCUACUAACAUUUUUUCCUCAUAGAAAGUGUCAUCAAUUCGAAUUCAAAAAGUUAUUUUAAUUAACAUGAGAAAUUGAAAAUCACUUUUUUAUUUAGUUUGUAUAAAUAUUUAAGUUGCUUGUGAUCAGAUUUGUAAAUACAACUUUUUUUAAAGCAGGUUAAAUUGGUUCCAACAACCUUGAUGAAGUUACCUUGAUGAAAAGUGAUUAAUUGCUUCAAAAACUGGUAAAUUGAAACCCUUAUCCCCUCUCGACGUAUGAUAAAUUAUGAACGUUCAAUGUGCAGAAUAAUAUGACCCUCUUAUUUAUCUGGACGUGUCUAUAUAUAGUUAUAUACUAUACCUACUGUAGAGACUAGUGCCAGAGACUAUACUAUAUCUACUGUAGAGACUAGUGCUAGAGACUAUACUAUAUCUACUGUAGAGACUAGUGCCAGAGACUAUACUAUAUCUACUGUAGAGACUAGUGCUAGAGACUAUACUAUACCUACUGUAGAGACUAGUGCCAGAGACUAUACUAUAUCUACUGUAGAGACUAGUGCUAGAGACUAUACUAUAUCUACUGUAGAGACUAGUGCCAGAGACAAUACUAUAUCUACUGUAGAGACUAGUGCCAGAGACUAUACUAUAUCUACUGUAGAGACUAGUGCUAGAGACUAUACUAUAUCUACUGUAGAGACUAGUGCUAGAGACUAUACUAUAUAUACUGUAGAGACUAGUGCCAGACUAUACUAUACCUACUGUAGAGACUAGUGCUAGAGACUAUACUAUAUCUACUGUAGAGACUAGUGCUAGAGACUAUACUAUAUCUACUGUAGAGACUAGUGCUAGAGACUAUACUAUAUCUACUGUAGAGACUAGUGCUAGAGACUAUACUAUAUCUACUGUAGAGACUAGUGCUAGAGACUAUACUAUACCUACUGUAGAGACUAGUGCUAGAGACUAUACUAUAUCUACUGUAGAGACUAGUGCCAGAGACUAUACUAUAUCUACUGUAGAGACUAGUGCCAGAGACAAUACUAUAUCUACUGUAGAGACUAGUGCCAGAGACUAUACUAUAUCUACUGUAGAGACUAGUGCCAGAGACUAUACUAUACCUACUGUAGAGACUAGUGCUAGAGACUAUACUAUAUCUACUGUAGAGACUAGUGCCAGAGACAAUACUAUAUCUAUUGUAGAGACUAGUGCCAGAGACUAUACUAUAUCUACUGUAGAGACUAGUGCCAGAGACUAUACUAUAUCUACUGUAGAGACUAGUGCCAGAGACAAUACUAUAUCUAUUGUAGAGACUAGUGCCAGAGACUAUACUAUAUCUACUGUAGAGACUAGUGCCAGAGACUAUACUAUAUCUACUGUAGAGACUAGUGCUAGAGACUAUACUAUAUCUACUGUAGAGACUAGUGCCAGAGACAAUACUAUAUCUAUUGUAGAGACUAGUGCCAGAGACAAUACUAUAUCUACUGUAGAGACUAGUGCCAGAGACUAUACUAUAUCUACUGUAGAGACUAGUGCCAGAGACUAUACUAUACCUACUGUAGAGACUAGUGCUAGAGACUAGUGCCAGAGACAAUACUAUAUCUAUUGUAGAGACUAGUGCUAGAGACUAGUCUCAUGUUAAUGGGAUCUUAAGGAUACAUCUUUCCUAAGUGCAAUUGAAAAGAAGCCUUUUAGCUCAUGAUUACAAUUAAGGAAUAUUUAAAUAUUGUUUACUGUAACCCAGUUGUAUAUGAAUGCCCUUUAUAUUUAAAAAGAAAAUCUGCUGUCAUAUGUUGUCCCAUAAUGUUAAUACAAUAUUGUAUCUCUUGUUUUUGUGUGUGUGAAAGACAUGGCCUAUGCCAUUGAUAGCCAUUCUGGAGAAUCUCAGCAUAGAAAUGUGUGAUUGGUAAAGAGUAUGUGGACAUUCUUUGACAUUGAAGUCUAUCAUUUAAACCUGCUUGAUGAAAGACUACCUAAAUGGCAGUGGGGGAGGGGGGUAUACAGCACCUCAGUAGACUAAAGAUACAAUAUCCUAACAUUUACAAGUUGAACUGGGCUACGCUAUGAGGGAGAUAGACUGAUGAAGCCAAAAGUAUGGUGGCCCUGCUGAGACAGAAAGGACUAAGUGGAAGGGAGUAGUGACUGGGGUGCAAGAGGGUUGGCUUUUUAACCCCGCUGAACUGUCCCUUACGGGUCUCCCAUUAGGUUCCAUUGGAAAAAUCGGGUCCGCCCAGAAGAGCCGCCUCCCCCACAGUGCGCCAACACAUCCCUGGCUCUGGCCCUGCUACCGUGGGGCCUGGCAGUCCCAUCAGGGGCCCCUGCGACUUGUCCUCCAAAAAGAAAAAGGGACUGCUCUCCAAAGGGAAGAAACUAUUGAAAAGACUUGGCGCUGUAAAAUAACCCCUUCAAAUACUUGAAGUAUAUUACCAACCACAUUCAUCUCCAACACUUCCAUUACUGUAAAUUCAGUCCUGUGAGAAGAAAAAAAGUGGUCAAAAUGUACAAAUCUGUUGUAUUCUAGAAACCAUAUUUUCUUAUUUAAAUUUCAGUAUGUAUUUUGAAUAUGGUUCAGGGACCUCAUAGUUUGACAUUUAGUGUCAUAAGCCAACCUCUGGUCAUUUAUGUUUUGCUAUCUGAAGCAGAAGACUGCAACACGAUGGAUGAUUUGAAAUAUUCUCUAUUUUGAAGGCCAAUAGGUACGUAGGUGUGUUUGAUGAUGCUGUAGACCACAAUGUUCCUCAGAGUAAGAGGAGUUUAUACCAGAGUCUCUUUUGGUCUGAGAUCAAAGGAUAGGGCUCAGAAUGGCCAGUCAACAUCAUACUUGAUAAUACUGCUGGUGGCUCACCUUAACCAAACCUUCACAUUGUAGUACCCAUAUUGAUGCAAGGAAAAGAGCAGUUUUAGGGUCAGGCAGCUGAGGUCAUUUGAACUGUAUAGGAGGUUUGCAUGUUUUACCUAAACCACAUCCAGAAUAAUAAUUCCCACCCAACCUUUGAAAGCACAUGCUAACUGAUGGCCUUUUCUAUCAGAACUCAAGGCUCAAUUUGCAUGCUUUGUCAGUGCAUUUUUAUGAUACCGUAUGAGCAAUAUUUGCUAAAUGAAUAGUAAAAAAAAAAUGUUUACUUAAAACAGAAUAUUCAAUACAAACCUAAUUGUCACAUUCGUACUCAGUUCAAUUCGAGCCCAGGUACACAUUUGACUAGUCACCACCUUAGCACCUGAAGUCACGAUAUGUGCUGUGGUAAAAUAUGCAAAAUCUCCAGAAAGACUUGAGUCAGAUUGGUCUGGAGAGAAUUUGAUAAGCAAGUAUCAAUUCUUAACAGCAAGUGUCAGUUCUUCAGGCACACUGAAAUAACUCUGGACAAGGACAUUAGAUAGGACAGGGUUUCAAGAUUCAGUAUAUUUUUGUUGUUCAAUUGUCAUGAAAUGCCUAGUUGAAACCAACCUCCAUGUAUUUGCCUUAUAAAUGCACAAUGGUUUGUAUUUUGUCCAGUGAGUGGAGCGUUAUGUCCUGUAUGCAUUCAAGUCAUUGAUUUACUUCUAAAAAUGAAAUGUAUUUGUAAAUUAUGUUGAUCAAGACUAGUGAUGUGCAGUUUAUUACUUGUAGGAAUUAUUUUUGGAGGACCAGCGCAUUAAAAUGACAUUCAAACAAAAUUCAAUACAAAAAAGUAAGGGGGAAUGUAAAUGUGUAUUUACGUUUUAAUGUUUCACACUAUUUUGGCACAAAAAGACAAAAAAAAUAAGGCACUUUAUUUUGUUCUUCAUGUUAUACAUGCAAUGUAUUUACAGCAUUCACAAUCCCAUUUUGACACAUUUGUGUACAAGACAAUGGAUGUGAAAGAAAUGCAAUUGAAGGCCAGUUUAAUUAACUGUUUCCAGGAUAAGUUGCAAUCAGCAGUUGGUAUUAUUUGUUUCAAACUAAGUUUUGUAGAGUACACUCCAAACUUGCAAUUCUCGGAAGCAGGAAAAUGUUUGACUUAUGACAGAGACUAGGUUUGAUUGAAUAACCAUCAGAUAAAAGCCCUAUAUCAAGUGUUGUUACAUAGAAAUUGUGAUUUCAACAAGACAAGUCUACCUCCAUAAUGACCCCUAUAAGUUCAACUAAUUUGACUACAGGUUCACAGAAGUCAACUCUCCAUUUCAUAUAUUUGCAAAGGGUAGAAGUACUGUAUUUGUGUCAGCACCCAACUAGCACAGAGUAGUGAAUGUAUGAUUAAUUGAAAGCCAAUGCAUUUUAUUUAUCAAAACUAUCCAUUAGGAGUAUGCAGAUGUCCAGCGUUCUCUGGUCUAGUUCAUAUGUGAAAUGAAACCUUCCAUCUGUUAACCCUUACACCAUUUUGUUAAUCAUUUCAUCCUUCCAUUCACUUUAUAUCACAGCUUUUUCUGGACUACACUACUUACAUGAGAUUUGAACUGAGACUGCCAAAAAAGAAUGUACGAAAAGCAUUCUGUACAACUUUUUGUACAAUUGUCGGUCAUUGCUUCUAUAUAUAUUGUUUUGACUGUUGCUCUUUUUGUACUUUGUCCAUUUGUAAAUUGUUUUUAAAUGUUUAUACUUGAUUUUCAGACUGCCUUUUUUGUACAUUAAAAUUUAUAAUCAAACAGUGCAAAGCUUUCCCCAUGGUGUCUUCAAAACCAUAAUGUUUUAAAAGUCUGCAAUUGUGUGCUAGCUUUAUGACAAAAAAUAUCAGCCUAUAUUGGUGGUUACAAAAUAUUGUGUGGGUGUGCAUGUGCAAAAAAAUUUAUCAAAUAAAUUUCAUAUUUUGUAA